AUGAUCUUAUUGUCAGCUGAACUUGAGACAUUAAAGGAGUAUGGAAGGAAGAUGACAGAGCUAUCAAAAGCAAUAGUACAGUUUGUUCUAAUGAGCUUAGGCAAAGAUUUUCAAAAGAAAUUCUAUGAAUCUGAAUUCAGCAAGUGCCAUGGUUACUUGAGAAUAAUCAACUACUCACCUCCGGAAAAUGUGGUAGAAAAACAAGUUGAAGGGCUAGGGAUGCACACAGACAUGAGUUGUGUGACAAUAGUUUAUCAAGAUGAGAUUGGAGGGCUUCAAGUGAGAUCUAAAGAAGGUACAUGGAUGGACAUAAACCCAUGUGAAGACACUCUCGUUGUCAACAUUGGAGAUUUGAUGCAUGCAUGGAGCAAUGGGAAGCUCAGGUCAUCUGAACAUAGAGUUGUUCUAAAACGUAAUGCUAAUAGAUUUUCUUUGGCGUUCUUCUGGUGUUUUGAAGAUGAGAAAAACAUUUCAGCCCCCGAUGAAGUUGUUGGAGAAGAAGAUAACAGGAUGUACAAGACGUUUAUUUGUAGGGAUUAUUUGAGAUUUAGAGAGAGCAGCGAGAAAGGGAAGUUUGAGAAGGUGGGUUUUACAGUGAAACAGUUUGCAGGAAUUAAUUCAUAAUCAAGAGAUGAAGAAGUGAUUAUUGGGUUUGUUAAUUAAGUUUUUGCCAUGUAUAUUUCCAGUAACUUGUUUUUAUUUGUUCAUGAAUUAAUCUGAAGCAAUGAAUUGAAGCUACAAAAUGUGUGGGUAUGA